GUUAGGACGGCAAUUGCAUGAAUGAAAUUCCCGUUUGCACCGAGCUUACAUUGUAUUAUGAUAUCAAUUGUGUUCCAAUAUUGUACCGUCACACAUUGCUUAUAAUGUAGUGGAAAGGAAACCUGUCGGACAGCACCAGCCUCUGACCCCUGGAGUUUCAGGGCCCUAGGUUUGGGGGAGUGGAUUAUUGACCACCGCACCGCACCAAGACCCACCAGAAUUGUCACCGCCAAUCUCUAAGAAACUCUAAAACGAUAUUUAAGAUGUCUGCUCGUGAAGCUUAUCUUAAAGUGCGUUUGCAACCUGUGUUACGCUCUUUCUGAUCAACAUCACCACCAUGUCCGAUUCGUCCAACUGGCGGGUAUCUUCUGACUGGCGAAAGCCAUCUCAAACGGGCCCGUGGCCGCAGAACAAUUACCCCCAGAAGUCCGUUCGGACUCAGAAAGUCGAGGACGGACCCAUCUCAUCAAAUUUGAGGCAGCGUCAGCCAAACAGACGCUGGGCGGAACGAAGCAGGCCUGAAGAUGUACGAGUUCACUGGCCAACUCCCCAGAGAGAUGACGACGCUGCUGCAAACGCCAUAGCCGAAGGCCGACGCAUUUACCUGGGGAAUCUAUUUUACCGUGCCACACCUGACGAUAUUGAGGAUCUGCUGAAAAUUAACGAGGUCAACGCAUUUAAGUCAAUACACAUAUCCAUUGACCCAAUCUCGGGCCGAAACCCAGGCUACUGUUUCAUUGAAUUCGCCGACCGUGAGGCUGCCGAGACGGCUAUUGUGACUCUUGAUGGAAAGCCGCUCUUUGAUCGGGGUGUGAAGUCAAGGCCUUGCCUGCCCAAGGGGGAAAGUCGCACGCGUGCCGGAAGAGAUCAAGAUAGCUCAGGCUCUUCUGGUUUCAAGCGUUGGGGUGACUGGACAGGACGGAAUGACGAAGGAGACAGUGCGUCGCUCCCGAGCCAGAAUUCGGACCGGAACGGACCGCAAGAUGCCCUUCAAUAUUUUGUGAGCUCUUCCAGUCAAGGACGACAGCUCUACGUUGGCGGCUUGCCACGCAUGCUUGACCAGGCCAUGAACGAGGAGGAAAUUCGAUCAAUAUUUGAAGGAUAUGAGGUAACUACAGUGGGCAAGAGAAUAAGUCCUAAUGAGGCUACACGCCGACGGCCAGGACGGCACAAUUUCUGCUUCGUCGACUUCUCAACCUCCGAGCAGGCCAAAGCUGCACUCGAUGCUGUCAAUGGUGCCGAAUAUCGCGGUGCACCACUGAAAGUCUUCACUGCAAGGGGGAAGAGGAAUGACUGGCCAUAAGGUGACGGUGACUUCAUGGUUUCAGAAGACAGAAUGGACCUUGGUGUUGCCCUGCUCUGCUUCUUAAAUACGCCAUUUGCGUGAUCAGUCGUUGUGAGAUCAUAAUAACCACUGGGGAGGAAUUGCAGAGAACCUGCUGUAUCAAUACGCUUGCUGGGGGGCUCUGGAUUAAACUCAAAAAGUACUGGAACAGGCGCAAUUAUAAUGUGAGUAUGAUUCUCAGAGUAGAGUAUAAAUGUGGCAUACGGUAAAGCUACUGUUCAAGACCCAGGAGGUUAUUAUAAACACACAUAACGUAGUCCACGGUCCAAUUGCACACUUCGGCAGAUUUUCGUACGCUACCACUUUGACCUGCGGUUUUUCACCACAUAACUAUGGUUGGUUCUUGG